GAGUGACCUCUGAUCCUUCUCAGACCCGUUAAACACUGGGUCUGACCCGGUUUCUGGACGAGCUACAGGGACGUAGUUCACACAUGACACCAGAUUAACAGAAAACCCAGCAUGAAAGACGCCUUAACGUCUCCCUGCGUCCCCUCAUGCCUGGAAAGGCCAGAUACUCUGACAGCGUAGCAGGAUGCAUCCCACAACGAGUCACUGAGGAAAGGGAAGCUCUGCCACACCGACAGCUCUGUGAGCACGACAGGAAAUUCAGUUUGGACCACGAGGAGCCAGAAUUACAGAUUAAAAAAGAAAAAACGGAGCUUGGUACAGAUCAGGAGGAAGCGCUUGUUCUGAAGCAGGAGGCUGAUACCAUGACUCCUGUUUAUGAGGGAAGUGAGCACAAUUAUUCAGAACCAAACCACAGCCAGCUCCUGUCCCACAGAUCUGCUUCUUUAAUACAAAGACGCACCACUGUGUCUGCAGAUGAGGGUCCACCAGAUACUUGCAAGACCUGUGGGAAAAGAUUCUCCUCAUCAGCCAUGAAGCGUCACAUGAAGACUCACGCCGCCGGGAAGCCAUUUUCUUGCAAAGUAUGUCAGAAGAGUUUUAGCCAGAGUAGCCGUUUGGCCGCUCACGUGAGAAGACACACAGGUGAGAAGCCGCAUUCAUGCAAGGACUGUGGAAAACGUUUCCCCCAAAAGAGCGCUUUGACCGUCCACACAAGAACUCACACAGGUGAGAAGCCUCAUGGCUGCGAAGAAUGUGGAACAAGCUUCGCUCAGAAGUGUGCUCUGGUUGCCCACACGAGAACACACACCGGUGAGAAGCCUUAUCGCUGCAAAGUAUGUCAGAGGAGCUUCAGGCAAAGCAGCAGUUUGGCUGAUCAUGUGAGGACUCACGCCGGUGGUAAAGGGGUGCUUAUUAUUGCAAAGAACGUGGAAAGAAGUUUCACUCAUAAGGUGGCUUUGACUGUCCACCAGAGCUCAGACAGGUCAGAAGCCACCUUCCUGAAAAGUGUGGAGAAAGCUUCAUCCAGAGGUGGAAUCUGAUGUGCCAAGAAAAAGCUGCCAUAUUUAAACAGUGUUUCCAUUUCUCUUGGUUUUACAUGCUGUGUGGAAAUAUCCGUUCGGAUUAAAUCCAGAGUGCUUGCAGGAAGUGUGAGGUGGUCAGACUUGCUGGGUUUUCUCUCCUCGGGUGUGAAAGUAGCUGUCAUCAUCUACUUUUCUGUUUAUUUAAAUGCCACUUAUUUAUGUGGCUUCUUGGUUUUAUGGUACUGUUGUACCCAGCUACGUGGCUUUUACGAACUCCUGUAUUUAUAUUUACAUUUUUAAGUCCAGUGUUUUCCUCACGGGGGUCCUUCAUGCCGGAGCUCUGCCUGCUCGGUCUGCAGGGUUGUUGCCGCGGUGAUCGCCCUUAUCUUGGUGGCCGGGGGUCCUGCACUGCAGCCACAGGACCCCAGCCUGCCCUGAUCUGGGUGGUUUCCAGAGGCAGCCUCUGUGGUGAUGGGUGGGCUGGGUCCCGAUGUGACUGGAUCCCCAAGAUCCUGUUUCCUCACAGCAGCAUCUGGCCAGAUGUUUAUUUCCUUAUUAAUGUGCAACAGAAGAGACAGAAGCGACAGCUUAGCGGCAAAAUAAAAUGGGGGGGUGUGGGUGGUUGUGGUGGGGAGGUGGGUUCGUGCAAAGUGUGUGUGUGUGUGUGU